UCCGAUCCAGUCUUCGCUGCAGCAGCUGCGGCAGAGCCUCUUGGCUUUCUUGGCGGGGGAGGUAGAGCAUAAACGAGCCCAAGAACCGAGGAGGAGAGCAUGGCGGGGGACGGCGACGGCCGCGCGGGGCUCCCUCGGAUCGCGGUGGUCGGCGCCGGCAUCUUCGCGCGCACGCAGUACAUCCCCAGGCUCCGCGAGAUCGCGCACCUCGUCGUCCUCAAGGCCAUCUGGAGCCGCACCCAGGAAUCCGCAAAGGCGGCCGCGGAGCUUGCUCGUGACUUUGCGCCUGAGAUCGAGUGCAAAUGGGGUGAUGCGGGGCUGGAGGAGAUCAUGGGAGACAGUUCAAUCAUGGGCGUUGCUGUUGUUCUUGCUGGGCAAGUCCAGGUUGAGCUUUCCCUAAAGAUGCUCAAGGCAGGAAAGCAUGUGAUUCAAGAGAAACCUGCUUCUGGAUCAACAACAGAAGCAGAAACCGCACUGUCAAUCUACAACUCAUUUCCAAACCAGUUUCCCUAUAAACCAAUUUGGGCUCUCGGAGAAAACUACAGGUUUGAACCUGCCUUUGUGGAGUCUAGCAAGUUGAUCAAAGAUAUCGGUGAUAUGAUGAACAUCCAAGUUAUCAUCGAAGGGUCAAUGAACAGUUCCAACCCAUAUUUCAAUAGCUCCUGGAGGCGAAAUUUUGUGGGUGGUUUCAUUCUGGACAUGGGUGUCCACUUCAUUGCAGGACUACGAAUGCUUGUAGGUUCGGAAAUCACAAGUGUAUCAUCUAUCUCCCGUCAUGUGGAUAUGUCUUUGCCACCACCAGAUAACAUAUGUUCCCUUUUCCAGCUGGAAAAUGGAUGUGCUGGUGUCUUUGUAUUUGCAGUAAAUUCAAGAUCACCAAAGAUAUUAUGGCGGGUUGAUGGAACAAAAGGAACAAUUCAAGUAGAACGUGGAGUUGAUAGUGGGAAACAUGGCUACCAGGUGUUAUUCUCUGGUGAAAAUGGGCAGUGCCAGAAGACAUUUUACCCGUUCUGUGGAGUUAAUGAAGAACUGAAGACGUUUGUCCAGGACAUGUUGGCGGCUAGCAAGGAUGGAGAUCACAAGGCUGAACCCCGGAGUUCUUAUGUCGAAGGUGCCCGCGAUGUUGCUGUGCUCGAAGCCAUGCUAGAAUCUAGUGUGAAGCAAGGAACCCCGGUUCAAGUGAAGAGAUUCCCAUAGAUCUGAAACAUCACAAAGGAUUAUGUUUCUUCAAGCGUGACUUGUCCAUUGGAACAGCUGAGCGGUGAUAGUAAAACGAACUUUGUUCCAACUUCCAAAUUCAUACCAUUGAGGGUAUAAAAUGCAAAAAUGAUAGACCUAGAACCAACAUUCUUUCAUUCAGAUCUACCAUGUUUCACCAGGUAUUUAACCUCAUAAAGGUCAUGUACCUUUUCAUAUAAGAAUCGCAUCUGCUGUUCCUUUUUGUUUGCUUGCUUGGCUGCAGCACUGAAAGGCAGGUGACUUAUUUUUCACUCUCUGGAAAUCAAGCUGAAAUAAAUAUUUUGUAUUCAUGCC